AACACUCGCAUUAUCUCUGCUCUUCCAUCCAAGUAUAAAGUAAGCCUCUCUCCCAACUCCACUUUUUCUUUGCCGAUUAUUGGAAGCCAUCAUUUUUCUCCAUGGCUAGCUCAACAUCUUCCUCCAUGGAUGGCAUAAUUAUCUUUCUUGGGCUAUUAGGCAACAUCACCACAGGGCUUGUCUACCUUGCUCCCAUAAAGACCUUCUGGAGAAUUGUUAUGAAUAGAUCAACUGAGGAAUUUGAAAGCGAUCCUUACGUUUGGAAGUUAAUUAAUGCAUACUUCUGGGUCUACUAUGGAGUCCUCAAGCCUCAUAGCGUACUCGUCGCCACGGUUAACGGCUUUGGUGCUGUUUUGGAGCUCAUAUUUGUCACCUUGUUCCUGAUUUUUGCACCUCCAAGGAUGAGGGUUAAGACAGCUAUACUGUUUGGGUUUCUCGAUGUGGUGUUUCCAGCAGGAACUGUCCUGAUUACCCAGUUGUUUUUAAAAAGGAAAGCACAGAUAGAUGUUGCUGGAUUCUUUUGUGUUUGCUUUAGCAUGGCUGCUUAUGGUUCACCCCUUUCAGCUAUGAAAACAGUGGUGACAACGAAGAGUGUCGAGUACAUGCCGUUCCUUCUCUCAUUUUUCCUUUUCAUAAAUGGAGGAGUUUGGACUCUGUAUGCUGUGAUUACUAGAGACUGGUUUAUUGGACUACCAAAUGGUACAGGAUUUGUUCUUGGGACAGCCCAGUUGAUCCUGUAUGCAAUAUAUUAUAAGAGACCUCAACAAUUAAAGAAAUCAUCAGAUAAUUUGGAGGAUGGUUGGGAACGACAACCUCUUAUUCCAGAAGCCGAUCAGGCUACACCGAAAGCUUGAAAUCAGACGGUUGAUUUGCUAGUAGAAGCUCAAUGCUAGAUGUCUGUCUCCAGAAAUCAGGGAUGCCAAUGCCCCGGAGGUCAUAUGCAUGCUCACAGCUUACCCAUUUAACUAGUUCCUGAUUUCAUAAUGCUAUUUUAGUGGGGAAUAAAAGUUUCUAUUGAACUGUGCUCAAAAGUUCACACUAAAUAGAAAUCAAGGGAACAUUAUAUUGAUGUUAAUCAAAUUAAAACUUUUUUUUGGCA